AUGGUUCAAUUAAGUGAUGUAUUAGGUAAUGUACCAUUAAUAACUAGAAUAUAUCUAAUCCUUUCUUUUGCUUUAAUGGUAUUAUGUUCCCUUGAUAUAAUAUCUCCAUUAAGUUUAUAUCUCAACUGGAAUUUAGUAUUAAGAGAGCAUCAGUAUUGGCGACUUAUUACGUGUUUUUUAUAUUUUGGGUCCUUUGGUAUACAUUUUUUCUGGGAUGUUUACGUCUUAAUAUAUUAUUGUAGCUCGUUAGAAGAGGUAACAUUCAGAAACAAUUCUGCUGACUUUUUGUGGAUGAUUAUUUUAUCCUGUUGUAUGCUACUAGGGGUAUCAUACAUGUUUGGAGGUGUAUAUUUUUAUAGUAGCUGUAUAAUAAAUGUUAUUACCUACAUAUGGAGUAAAAACAAUUCUACAACAAGAUUAACAAUUCUUUUCUUUACAAUUAGAGCCUCUUAUUUACCAUGGGCUUUAACACUCUUAUCAUUAAUUGUAGAUUAUAAUUCGAAUGAUAAUUUUUUUGGAAUACUUGUUGGACACAUUUACUUUUUCUUUACAAGUAUCUUCCCCCAUAUGCCCAUUGCUAAAAAUACGAACAUUUUUAAGACCCCAAGAUUAUUGAAGUGGUUGUUAAAAGAGGAUUCGUCAUAA